AAUUUUUCAUUUUCUAUUCCUCUCCAACCUCCAUAACAACACAAACAAAACACAUAUUCGUGGUUUCUGGCUGAACCUUUCUUUUGUUUGCUUCCUCGCCUCGGGCUUUUGUUGUCAAUCCCAAAGCAAAGCUCCUUUGAUCUCUUUUGCCGUAUUAUUGUUUCAGUUUAUUUUUCCUUCCUUCCUUCCUCGAUCGAUCCUUCCUUUUUCCCAAUUCGAGCUCGCCCAUCUCUCUGUCUCUCUGUCCGUUUCGCUUUCUGGUCAAUGUAGGUCCUCUCCCGUAAUUUUUUCUUAGGGUUUGGAUCUCUAAAUCUGUGAUUCGAUCCUGUGUCCCCUCCUUGUCCUCUCCAACUUCCAAGCAUGUGACUGAAAAUCGUUGCUUUUGAUUAUACAUCCUAGUUUUUGAUCUUUUGUAGCUUCUUCUCAUCUGGGUUUGGAGCUUUCUCUUUUAUUGGGUUCUCUUCUUCCGUUUACCUUCAAUUGAACGCGGAUCAGGUGAUUAGGUUGUCGAACGCAGGAGCUCUUUGGUGCUCUAAUUAUCAACAAUAGGUUUCGUGAAUUUGCUGGCCAUUUGUGGGAGAUACUAUUUGGGUUCAGGCGAAGGGAAGGAACUGUUUGAACAUCAAUCGUUGGUUACUGUUGUAAGAUUGUGCUUCCGAGUUUUGGUGUACACCAAUGGAUAAGUUAAAGGUUGACCAGGUUGUUGGUGGCAAAUUUAAACUGGGAAGGAAGAUUGGAAGUGGAUCUUUCGGAGAGCUCUAUCUAGGUGUUAAUGUGCAAACUGGAGAAGAAGUUGCUGUUAAGCUGGAAUCUGUGAAGACCAAGCACCCUCAGCUUCAGUAUGAGUCAAAAUUAUACAUGCUUCUUCAAGGAGGCACUGGAAUUCCCCAUCUGAAGUGGUUUGGAGUUGAGGCAGACUACAAUGUCAUGGUUAUUGAUCUUCUUGGUCCGAGUUUGGAAGACCUAUUCAACUAUUGUAACAGGAAAUUCACAUUGAAAACAGUGCUAAUGCUAGCUGAUCAACUGAUUAACAGAGUUGAAUAUAUGCAUUCAAGAGGGUUUCUUCACCGUGACAUAAAGCCUGACAACUUUUUGAUGGGCCUAGGUCGCAAAGCCAAUCAGGUAGUUGCUUUCUAUCGUUACUUUUUUCACUGUCUUGCACAAGAGGUUUAUGUUAUUGAUUAUGGCCUUGCAAAGAAAUACAGGGAUCUUCAGACUCAUAAGCACAUUCCAUACAGAGAGAAUAAGAACCUCACAGGCACUGCUCGCUAUGCAAGUGUCAACACCCACCUUGGAAUUGAGCAAAGCAGAAGGGAUGAUUUGGAGUCUCUUGGUUAUGUGCUGAUGUAUUUCAUCCGAGGAAGCCUCCCUUGGCAAGGAUUAAAGGCUGGCACAAAAAAACAGAAAUAUGACAAGAUCAGUGAAAAGAAAGUUUCUACUUCCAUAGAGUCUCUUUGUAAAUCUUAUCCAUCCGAGUUCGUAUCAUAUUUCCAUUUCUGCCGGGCAUUACGUUUUGAAGACAAGCCAGAUUACUCAUACUUGAAGAGGCUUUUCCGCGACUUAUUUAUUCGGGAAGGUAUUCAUGCAUCCAGUUUCCUUGAAAAAUGUAUUAAUACAGGUUAUCAAUUUGACUAUGUCUUUGAUUGGACGGUGUUGAAGUAUCCUCAAGCUGGUACUUCCAGCUCUAGAGCACGAGUGGCUGGGAAACCGGGUCAUGCUCUUGCAGGACCUUCUGCAGAAAGACCGCCGCCAGAGAGAGUCUCAGUUGGAAAAGAAAUUCGCGAGAGAUUCUCAGGUGCUGUUGAGGCUUUCUCCACAAGAAAAAUCACUGGAUCUAGUCCGCUUGACAAUUCCAGAACUAGGACAAACGAAACACAGCCAGAGGCAGAGAAGGGGCGCAGCACAUCGAGGCAUGGCAGCAACUCAAGAAGGGCCAUACUCCCCAAUGGGAGGCCAGGUUCCUCUGGUGAACAUGGUGAAGCGCGUGCAGCAGCGAGAACACACCACACUGCUGGUGCUGCUGGUGCCCACACGACUUCUUCCACACAAAGAAUCUUACCCGGGUAUGAACCUGUCGUCAAAUCUUCAGGUGCACGAGCUGCUGCUGCUGGUAAAAGUUCCCGUGAGGAAAGUCUAAAGAGCUUCGAGUUCCUCACAUUGAACAGGAGAUGACGUGUCCAUCAUGGUAGGGGGCCAGUGAAAAGAGAAAGAAACCAAAAGAAAGCUGGAUCAUGAAUCAGUUGAUGUUGUGUAUGUCCUUGUUGUGCACAGAAUCUGGAAUAUUGUAACGAUAAAAACCCAAAAGUUGCUUACCUACUUUCAAGUCGUUUGCUGAAAAAUGAGGGUUUUGGAAAACCAUAAAUUUAUGAUGGAUUUAUGAUGGAUUUGGUGAUAUUAUGGAUUUGAACAAGUCUAUAUUUGCUUGUUGGGUAUAAUUAUGGAUUUUGUUGAAUUAGAUUUAUGGAUAUACAACACAAU